CACACACCUUGACAAUGGCUACCAUAACGCUAUACCAAAAUGACUUCCUCUUUAGCACAUCAAAACGUAUCUGGUGUACAUCGUAAAAUGUCAGGAAGAGCAGGUCAAUUACACAUUGAGCCGUCUCCUAUUCAUUUUCGUAUCCCGAUCGAAACAAAACAAUCACCUAAAACACUUUACACGGAUAUAAAACCAUUAAGUAAAGAUGAUGCUUUGAUGAUGGAAAGCAGGCAUGCUUUCUUGUUGUGGGAAGAUGAUUCGCCUUAUUGUCGUUUAGCUUUUCCUCGUUCAGAUGCCGCCUUUCUCGAGGAUGCAAAUGGCUCGGGUUUACGAAUGUCAAGUGAACCACCUCCAGACUCACCUUCAAAGUUAGCAAAUCAAUAUUUCGAUUUAUAUCUAAAAGGAAAAUUAUACAAUCGAUGGGCAGCUUGGACAUUUUCACGUUCAACGCCAUUGACAGAAUCAACAUCAAGCGAUGCUCCAGCGCCAGAUCAAUUGAUCGUUUUGCGAACCGAUAAAUUUCCUCCGAUUUGGGAAGAAGAAUCAAUACAACAUGGUGGUGUUAGAAACCCAUACCAUCGUGUUGAUUUGGUACCUUCCAAGAGACACGUUCAAAUCUAUGCAAAGAGCAAGGAUGGGAAAGAAGAAUACUUGGUUGCUGAUACGGCAAAUAUCGUUUCACCACAACAUGCAUUCGCUCUCUUUGAAAGCAGGUUUCCUACUAGGUGGUACUUGCCCACUUCUGCUUUGACAAGCACAGGAUCGAUAAAGCUCAGACCAAGUGCAGGUGCCAAAUUGGAAGAGUAUGACGAAGAUGGUCUAGUAACAGUAUGUCCUUACAAAGGAUAUGCACGUUAUCAUCACCUCACCUUACCCGACGGUGACACUUUGGAGAAUAUUGCAUGGGCAUAUCCCGUGCAAAUUCCCGCAUUCGACGCUCGUCAACUUGUCGCAUUCUACACCCCAGGUCAAGAUCGUUUAAAGCUUGUAGUCGAUGGAGAAGAAGUCAAGUCUUGACAAAACCCCUUUGAGUUGAUGAUAAUAUUACAUGUAUUGAGAAAGAGAAAAUUUUAUUACACUUUGACUUCGAAC